GGCGAUCUUCGAAAUGUCACGACCACCUUCAAUGUCCAGCUUCGAGGGAUCUGCGUCCCCGAAGAGAAAUUGGAGCCAAUCCAAUCCUUUCGUUCAAAACCACAAGACAAAAUCCAACAAGACGCGAACGACCUUCACCUCAUCCAAAGUCAUGUUUCCAACCACGACAUGCCUGUCGCCACAGACGAGUUUCGCGAGCUCGACGCGGAGAUUUAUCUCCGCUUCUCGCCUGCCCGCAAACGAAUCAUUGUCGCGACGUUAUCUUUUUGUUCGUUCCUGGCGCCCAUUGGGUCGACAUCGAUUCUCUCGGGCAUCCCCGAGGUGGCCGAAACGUAUAACACGACUGGGAGCAUCAUCAAUGCCAGUAACGCCCUGUAUCUCGCCUUCAUGGGCAUCGCGUCUCCAUUCUGGGGGCCGUUCAGCCAAGUGUGGGGUCGCCGGCCGAUCUUCUUUGUGAGUGCUUUCUUGUUUACCUGCUGCAGCAUCGGGACUGCACUAGCGCCAAAUCUUCCUGCAUACUUCAUCUUCCGGGCCCUCUCGGGCUUCCAAGGAACCUCGUUCCUAGUGACCGGGAGCUCUGCCAUCGGCGACAUAUACGAGCCACGAGCUCGCGCAACUGCAUUGGGCUGGUUUCUCUCCGGCACGCUCGUUGGGCCGGCAUUUGGCCCUUUCAUUGGCGGUGUAAUCGUUAACUUCUGCUCUUGGCGAGACGUCUUCUGGCUUCAGACUGCCCUCGGUGGCGUCGGGACAUGCCUAGUUUUCUUCUUCUUCCCCGAAACAUACCCGUACCUGGACAAACAAAAGAAAGCAGAGCAGACGCGGCUGGCACAAGCCAAAUUCCUCUGGCAUCGGGUCAACCCAAUCCGGGUCGGUGUCCUCCUGUUCUCUUACCCCAACCUCUUCUUCGGAGGUCUUGCCGCCGGUGCUCUGGUCUGGAACCAGUACUCAUUGCUGACUCCCAUCCGCUACGUGCUCAACCCUCGCUUCCACCUGACGAGCCCUAUCCUAUCCGGCCUGUUCUACAUCGCUCCAGGCUGCGGCUACCUGGCCGGCACCUUUGUAGGCGGCCGAUGGGCCGACUACACAGUGAAGAAGUGGAUCCGCAGGCGCGGCGGCGUGCGGGUGCCCGAGGAUCGACUGAAGUCUUGUGUCGUGUUUCUAGGCGCGGUGAUUCCAGGGUGUAUCCUGAUUUACGGAUGGACGGUGGAGAAGGCUGUGGGUGGAGUUCCGGUACCCGUGCUGGCGAUGUUCGUCCAGGGGGUCGCGCAGCUGUUCUGCUUCCCGAGUCUGAACACGUAUUCUCUUGACGUGAUGCAGUCGUCUGGGCGGAGUGCGGAGGUUGUUGCUGGGAAUUACCUGUUCCGUUACGCCAUUGCGGCGCUGGGAUCGGGCCUCGUGCUUCCAGCGGUCGAAGCGAUUGGCGUUGGAUGGUUUAGUACCAUCAGUGCUGGAUUCCUUAUUGUCGCUGGGUUUUGUAUCUGGCUAUCGACUAUCUAUGGAGAGAAGUGGCGAAAGCAGAUCGAUGCCAAAAAAGAGCGGAAGAGGCUGGCGAUGGAGAGGAGCAGCUCGCAUGAGCAACAGCCGGCUGUGCAAGAGACCACGGAGAAGGUAAAGCAACUAGAGGUGUAA